CCACCUGCAACUAUGGCUGCCGCCGCAGAUGAAGGGCAGUUCCUCAAGCAGGCGACCGGCCGGAACACUCGAGGCUUGCUCCGAGUGAUUAUCCUGUGCCUGAUUGCGGGCGCCGCCGUGAGCAGCCGUCUGUUCUCCGUGAUUCGCUUUGAGAGUAUCAUCCACGAAUUCGAUCCCUGGUUCAACUUCAGGGCCACAAAAUACCUGGUGCAGAAUGGCUUCUACAGCUUCUGGGACUGGUUCGAUGACCGAACAUGGCACCCUCUGGGCCGAGUGACGGGCGGUACUCUCUACCCCGGAUUGAUGGUUACCAGCGGUGUCAUCUACCACCUCCUCCGCGCUCUCGCCCUCCCCGUCGACAUUCGCAACAUAUGUGUCCUCCUGGCACCCGCCUUCUCGGGCCUCACGGCGCUCGCCACGUAUCUCCUGACAUCCGAGAUGGUCCCGUCGCCCUCGGCUGGUCUGCUCGCGGCCGCCUUCAUGGGCAUCUCGCCCGGCUACAUUUCGCGAUCCGUCGCAGGAAGUUACGACAACGAGGCCAUUGCCAUCUUCCUGCUUGUCUUUACCUUUUUCCUGUGGAUCAAGGCGGUCAAGAACGGAUCCAUGUUCUGGGGCGCUCUGACGGCCCUGUUCUACGGAUACAUGGUGUCGGCGUGGGGUGGAUACGUCUUCAUCACUAACUUGCUGCCUCUGCACGCCUUUGUCUUGAUCUGCAUGGGACGCUACAGCCCCAGGCUGUACGUCAGCUACACUUCGUGGUAUGCACUGGGCACGCUAGCGAGUAUGCAGAUUCCCUUUGUCGGUUUCCUGCCUAUCCGCAGUAGCGAGCACAUGUCGGCCCUGGGUGUCUUUGGUCUUCUCCAGCUCGUUGCCUUUGUCGACUGGGUGCGCGCCCAGCUUCCCGGCAAGCAGUUCCAGACGCUCCUCCGAGCACUGGUUUUGGGUGUCUUCGUCAUCGGCGUCGGAGGCCUUGUGCUUUUGACCGUCUCUGGUGUCAUUGCGCCCUGGACUGGCCGUUUCUACUCGCUCUGGGACACGGGAUACGCCAAGAUUCACAUUCCCAUUAUUGCGUCUGUCUCCGAGCACCAGCCUACUGCAUGGCCUGCCUUCUUCUUUGAUCUCAACAUGAUGAUCUGGCUUUUCCCCGCUGGUGUCUACCUGUGCUUCCGCACCCUCACCGACGAGCAAGUCUUCAUUGUCAUCUACGCCGUGCUUGCCAGUUACUUUGCUGGUGUCAUGGUCCGUCUCAUGCUCACUCUCACUCCCAUUGUUUGUGUCGCAUCUGCCAUUGCCUUUUCUCAAAUCCUCGACACCUUCCUGGACGCUAAGACGCCCAAAGCCAAGACUGAGAAGGAGAGCAGCGACGCGGCUUCGGCCGCAGCAGCAGCAGUACUCCCUGAGGGUCUCCGGUCCAUGCGCAACCCUCUCGUCGGUAUCUACUCGUAUGCCUCCAGGGUCACUGUUGUCGGUGCUUCGGCCAUUUACCUCUUGCUGUUCGUCCUUCACUGCACAUGGGUUACCUCGAACGCAUACUCGUCACCUUCGGUUGUGCUCGCAUCUCGCAUGCCCGACGGCAGCCAGCACAUCAUUGAUGACUACCGUGAGGCGUACUACUGGCUCAGGCAGAACACCCCGCAAAAUGCAAAGAUCAUGUCGUGGUGGGACUACGGUUACCAGAUUGGUGGUAUGGCCGACCGCCCUACCCUUGUGGACAACAACACCUGGAACAACACGCACAUUGCUACCGUUGGUAAGGCUAUGAGCUCUAAGGAAGAGGUCAGCUACCCGAUCAUGCGCCAGCACGAGGUCGACUAUGUGUUGGUCGUCUUUGGUGGUCUUCUUGGCUACUCCGGAGACGAUAUCAACAAGUUCUUGUGGAUGGUCAGGAUUGCCGAGGGUAUCUGGCCCGACGAAGUCCAGGAGCGCAGCUUCUUUACUACGCGAGGCGAAUACCGUGUUGACGAUCAGGCUACGCCGGCUAUGAAGAACAGCUUGAUGUACAAGAUGUCAUACUACAACUACAAUGCGCUAUUCCCUGCCGGACAAGCACAGGACCGUGUUCGUAACUCGCGUCUCCCCGCCCAAGGCCCCGAGCUCAGCACCAUCGAGGAGGCCUUUACCAGUGAGAACUGGAUCAUUAGGAUUUACAAGGUCAAGGACCUUGACAAUUUUGGUCGUGACCACCAAAGCGCAGUCUCUUUUGACAAAGGUCACAAGAAGAAGCGUUCUACCAAGCGCAAGGGUCCUAGGGUAUUGAGAGUGGAGUAGAUGUCUGGGGAUCUCGACAAUCACGAUAGAGACUUGUAAAAUCUGUAUAACAUAAGCGAUAUCUGGCAGGGUUCGCAGGGCGGGCGUUUGGCAGGAAUAUAAAAAAUUCAGUCUCCAUCCCCGGAUGAUGAUGAGGUGAAGUGAGGCCAGAGCCGGUGGACUUGGAAAGGCGGUAAUGUGCUUUUUGGUCAUGGCUUUUGGCAGUGCGGGAUGUAUGGUGCAUUGUUGCGGUUGGGGCUCACUUCAGGUAGAUAUCGAGUAUGACGC